CGAAUACAAAUGAUGUUUUAUCAAAUGUUUGCCUCACAUCGGAAGGUCAUGAUGUAUGACAAGAUGAAAGUGUGGGUACAACACAGCUGUAUAGCUUCACAUCACAUAAAGCGGAUCAAAUAUAAUUGAUUUGAUCACAUUGGUCAGAGGUAGUGGUUUGUAACUCGCCAGGUACGUGAGAGGUAAAAAACCUUAACUGAUGGCGAACAAUUCCUUGGGCAACACAGAUGGGCCACUCUUUACUAAUUCCUCAGCUGUAGCAAGAAAAACCUGCUACUACCUGGAUCGGUUUCAGAUUUUCCAUAGCGGUCCGCCAACAACGGAAUACAUCGUUAACUGUACGCUUAACGCAGUAUUAGCAGUUCUGGCCAUUCUUGGAAAUGGACUCGUCCUUCAAGCGCUCCGAAGAUCUGCCGCGCUAAGACCAGCUUCCAGAGCUUUGGUUUACAGCCUUGCCGCCUCCGAUCUCCUUGUUGGAUUGACAGUUCAACCUUUCUAUGUGUUGUACAAAACGGCUGAAAUAUUGAACAUGCAUCAGUUGUACUGCGUCACAGGAAUUGGAUUCCAUUUGUCAGCGAACGUUUUCUCUGCCGUUUCGUUUCUGACGGUGACAGCCAUAGCCACCGAUCGCCUUCUGGCUCUUCACCUUGGGUCCAGAUAUCAAAGAACCGUAACGCUUCCAAGGGUGGUAAUGGUCAUUGUCACUAUGUGGGUGCUAACUGGUUUGUGGAUUUUCAACUGGUUAUGGGAUAUCAAAAUAUAUCGAAAGUUUAAUAUAAUCGUUGUUACGAUAUGUUUGGUUUUCUGUACAAGUGCGUAUGCCCGACUCGGAUACAGGCUUCGCCAGUUGAGAGUUCGCACCAUGUUACGAUGGCGGGACGCCGAAUCAACAACGAACCAAGAAGAAAGAAGCAGCUCGAGUGGUUCAAAAUCGAAACUACGAUUUGGAGCAUACAAAAGAUCUGUGGCUAACAUGUUUUAUGUUUAUAUUUUAAUGCUUAUUUGCUAUGUUCCAUACCUGGCCAUGUUCGUAGUCAUACAAACGACGACCGUAACCAAAGCGAAAAUUGUCACUCUAAGUUAUACCAUGACUUUGUUGUUCGCCAAUUCGGCUUUCAACCCGUUUCUUUACUGCUGGCGGAUACAAGAGAUUAGAUCGGAGGUAAUUUUAAUUCUCGCAAAAUUUUCUUGCAAGAACAAUUGAAAAUAAAAGUGCAAAUUUCUGUUUGAUUACGAAACGUAAUGUAACGCAUAUCGACCAUGACUAAUAACCUUUAUAUGGUUUUUAAGCACUACAUGCUUUGAAAUUAGAUUCAAAUUGUUACUCGGCGAGAACGGAAGCGGAUAAAUUUUUUUUUUUCUAUUUGUUAAGCUGACAAUGCCAAACAUAGCUGAGAAAUUUGACUUGAAAAGAGAGUGACAUUGAAUAGAGGCUUUCUUUUCGUGAAUCAAUAUUUGCAUAUCGAGGAAAUUUUUGACGUAUUCACCGAUGUUUUAAGUAUUUAAUGUGUUCAAAUGUGCCCUAAGAAUACGGCCGCGCCGUAUGAUUGGGCUAAGGCUUCUUAAAGAACGGCGAAUUACUGUGGUAUGCUUCAUAGCUUAAUCAGGUUAGAAUAACUGAUUAAUUUUUGAAAGAUAAAAGGAGCUGUGAUACUGCUAUACUAUCGAUCACAAAAAUACUAUGGUCUGAAGAGAGAUUGUCUAACCUUAUGCAAAUUUGUUCGCCGAAUGACACGAAAUUAAACGCGAAUGAAACAAAGGGCCUCUUAUAACGUUGAAAUUACUGAGUGAUUUUUUCGCCAAUAUGAGAAAGGAGAAAACUUAUAAAGGAAAGCCGUUUCAACAAACGGAAAUUUUGUUUAGGUAGCCAAGCAUGUAACUAAACGUAGAGAAUAUAAUGAGGCUUCUGGUAUACGUUAAAUUUGCAGGUAUAAUAGAUGAUAUAUUUACAUAAAACUGAAUAUCAUAAUGGAAAACUGGCCAUUGCAAGUUCUGUUCUUAAUGACUCGGCUUCAAGGCCUGACAUUUCUCGUUAUUUUGAGUAACAAAUAACUUUGCAAGUUACAAGUGGCAUCCUCUUUAAUGUUGUUUCAAAGGUUCUAUGGGCAUCAAGGAGUUUAAAUUUGAGUUAUAAUCCACGUGGAAUUGUACCAUCAUUACAUUUGCAAUAAUUUCAACUUAAUGAUACAAAACACACGGCUGAUGAGAUGCCGCGAUGCUACUGUGCACGAUUUUCUUCAGAUGGAAGUGCUAUAGUGUAAUUGUCGUUAACGAACACUUAAAUAAGUUUGUAGGAGAUAAUAUUACCUUGUAUAAAAGAUAUCGAAGUUUACAGUUGAACCUGAACGGGAUAGAUUAGAUGCUAAGUUUUUCAACUUUGCGUAAUAGGAAAAUAUUGUACAGAAGUUUAAUAAAGAGGUAAAAUGGUUA